CCGAAGCCCGGCGGCGGCGGCCAUGUUGGGAGCCGCCGCUGUGUGAAGCAGAGCGGCGGUGAGUGGAGCUCGGGCACCGGGGCGGCGAAGGGAAGGGGAAGUCCGUGCCCGGCCUGGGAGGCCAAGGCGGGCGUCGGAGUUGUUCGCAAGAGCCCGGCAUUGACUUUGGUUGACAGGGUCCCUCCGUUGGGAGGUUUCGGACCGGUGCGGCCUAGCUCCCGAGCCGCAUCCCCGGCCUUGCGUGAAACGUCAAGCCGGGCAUCCUUCACUCGAGCCCGGGGAAGGGGGGAGCUCUUAUACUGGUGUUUUCCCAACCGAGCCUGGUUGUUCCCCAUGCUGGUGGCUUGGCCUCCCCCCUCGCCUUGAGGAGGAAGAAGAAGAGGGACCAGGCUCCUUCCCUUUGGGCCAGGAAGCAGGAAAGAGGAAGGAGGCAGCAGCAACUGGGGGGGCCACCGCCCCUCAGGCCCUGCCACAGGCAGCCAUGUCCAACAGCGGACGGAGCCCCUUGCCCACCUUGACGGAGAACACCGAGCAGACGGCCUUAGGACAUCCGGAGUCCAAGCCCAGCACAAAGUCCAACAUGCUGCGAGGCCGCACCCCAGCUACCUCUGCCGACGAACAGCCACAUAUCGGGAAUUAUCGCCUGUUGAAGACCAUCGGCAAGGGAAACUUUGCCAAGGUCAAGUUGGCACGGCAUGUCCUGACAGGGAAAGAGGUUGCUGUGAAAAUAAUCGACAAGACGCAGCUGAACUCCUCCAGCUUACAGAAGCUUUUCCGGGAAGUGCGAAUAAUGAAGGUCUUGAAUCAUCCCAAUAUAGUUAAAUUAUUUGAAGUCAUAGAAACAGAGAAGACACUGUACCUCGUCAUGGAGUAUGCCAGUGGAGGGGAAGUGUUUGACUACUUAGUAGCCCAUGGAAGAAUGAAAGAGAAGGAAGCACGGGCAAAAUUCCGACAGAUAGUUUCUGCUGUGCAGUACUGUCACCAAAAGUUCAUUGUACAUAGAGACUUGAAAGCAGAGAAUCUGCUCCUAGAUGCCGAUAUGAACAUUAAAAUUGCAGAUUUUGGUUUCAGCAAUGAGUUCACGUUUGGCAACAAGCUUGAUACGUUUUGCGGGAGCCCCCCGUAUGCCGCCCCCGAGCUUUUCCAGGGCAAGAAGUACGAUGGACCCGAGGUCGAUGUCUGGAGCCUCGGGGUCAUCCUUUACACACUGGUCAGCGGCUCACUGCCCUUUGAUGGGCAGAACCUCAAGGAGCUGCGAGAACGGGUCUUGAGGGGGAAGUACCGGAUCCCCUUCUACAUGUCAACGGACUGUGAGAACCUGCUGAAAAAAUUCCUCAUCCUCAACCCUAGCAAGAGAGGCACUUUAGAGCAAAUCAUGAAAGACCGCUGGAUGAAUGUGGGGCAUGAAGACGAUGAAUUAAAGCCUUAUGUGGAGCCUUUACCCGACUACAAGGACCCUCGGCGGACAGAGCUCAUGAUCUCCAUGGGAUACACCCGAGAGGAAAUCCAGGACUCGUUAGUCAGCCAGAAGUAUAACGAAGUCAUGGCUACAUAUCUGCUGCUAGGAUACAAAAAUUCAGAGCUUGACAAUGAUACUAUUACGCUCAAGCCACGGCCCCAACCUGAACUCACGAACAACACCGCCCCGUCCCCGUCCCACAAGGUACAGCGCAGUGUAUCAGCCAACCCCAAGCAACGCCGUUUAAGUGACCAGGUACCAACCAUCCCAACCUCCUCGUCGUAUUCCAAGAAAAUGCAGGCAGCCAAUGCGGAGAACAAGCGUCCGGAAGAGGAGCGGGAGGCUGGGCGCAGCAAGGCGGGCAGCACGGUCAAAGUCCCUGCCAGCCCACUGCCUGGCCUCGAGAGGAAAAAGAGCACCCCUUCGCCUUCCACAAACAGCGUCCUCUCGACCAGCACAAACAGAAGCCGCAACUCACCCUUGCUUGAUCGAGCCAGCUUGGGCCAGAACUCCAUCCAGAACGGCAAAGAUAGCCUAACCACUCCGGGUUCCAGGGCUUCCACUGCUUCAGCUUCCGCCGCCGUGAGCUCUGCGCGCCCGCGCCAGCACCAGAAAUCCAUGUCCGCCUCGAUGCACCCCUCCAAGUCCUCGCUACCCCCCUCUGACAAUAACUGUGAGGCACAGCGACCCAGCACUGCUCCCCAGAGAGUCCCUGUCGCCUCUCCCUCGGCCCACAACAUCAGCAGCGCUCUCCCGGACCGCACCAACUUCCCGCGGGGAGUCUCCAGCCGCAGCACCUUCCAUGCCGGGCAGCUUCGGCAGGUCCGGGACCAGCAGAACCUUUCCUAUGGCCUCACGCCUGCCUCGCCCUCUGGGAACAGCCAAGGCCGGAGGGGCGCGUCGGGGAGUCUCUUCAGCAAGUUCACCUCCAAGUUUGUACGCAGAAAUCUGUCUUUCAGGUUUGCCAGAAGGACCCUGCAUGAGCCCGAAAGCAAAGACCGCGUGGAGACCCUCAGGCCUCACAUGGUGGGCGGCAGCGGGGAGAAGGAUCGGGACGAGAACAGGGAGGCCAAGCCCCGCUCACUGCGCUUCACCUGGAGCAUGAAGACGACGAGCUCCAUGGAGCCCAACGAGAUGAUGAAGGAGAUCCGGAAAGUGCUGGACGCUAACAACUGCCAGUGCGAGCUGCAGGAGAAGUACAUGCUCCUGUGCAUGCAUGGCGCGCCGGGUCACGAAGCCUUUGUGCAGUGGGAGAUGGAGGUGUGCAAGCUCCCCCGCCUUUCGCUCAACGGCGUCCGCUUCAAGCGGAUAUCGGGCACUUCCAUGGCCUUCAAGAACAUUGCCUCCAAAAUCGCCAACGAACUGAAGCUUUAACAGGCCUCGAAGGGGGGGGGGGGGCUGGCCUGCACGCGCAUGGGGUGGGGUUUAGGAGUCAAGCAAUUUAUUUUUUGAUACCCUGGUGCAGGACUAAAGAGGUCGAGGGAGGCGUGGCGAUGGAUGGAUCGAUGGUCAGGUGUUGAGGAACGUCCCCCUCUCCAUCCUUCUCCUUCCCCCUCCCUCCACGUAAAUGGAGGUAGUGGUUGGCAGCCACCCAGCCGGUCUCCGUGGCAACAGUAGUGGGGGGGCGUACCAAGGGCUGUUGGUCUCUAUAGUGACUGUGUUGGGGGCAUCCCUUUUGGUCUCCGUGGCGACUAUGGUACUUUCCUCUUCCUCCUUCUUUUGUGCACACGAGACAGGGUUUCCAAUUGUACCAAACACACCCAAAGGAACGAGAGAGAAGAUGUGCCCCCUCCGUUCGCUAGAGCUUCCCCCCAUCGCCUUUGCGUGCCCUUCCUCUUUUCUUCCUUGGUGGUGGGUUGGCAUCCCGGGGAUCACCGGGAACGUCAGGCUUCUCCAAAUGGACGUUUCGGCACCCCCAGUUGGGUUUCCCCCCCUCAGAUCAGUGAUGACGCAGAGCAGGAAGCAUGGUGUUUUCCCUUUGCUUUUUCCUUUCCUCGCUGGGCCUUAAAGUCAGGCUGUCCCAACCUGUCCAUCCCCUUGGCUCUCCUUCUUCUCCUUGCAAAGCCUUCCAGAGAAAGGAGGGAGCAGCCAUUUCUCCAUCUACCCCAGUUCUCUUCCUCGUUGGUUGGGGUUAAAGUGGAAACGGCUUCUGGGAAGUGUUUUUUCCCCACUUGAGAUGCUCUUCUCGGUACAGGCUUGACAGGUCGCUCAGCAUCAUAGUCCACGGAUUGUUUUCUCAGCUGCUUUGGUGGCGCCCACUCGUAUCCAUUCAGAGCUUGGGGUGACUUCCACCAUGCUUCUGUCCCACUCCUUCCUCCAAGUUGGUCAAAAUCCACCAUCUGGGAUUCUCCAGAUGAGACAAAGGACACCAAAGCACCACUUCCUCUGCCCUUUUUUCGAUUUAUUUAUGGCUGGUUGACUAAAUAGCCGUAUAGGAAUGGGAGCCGUCAUCAUGUGUCUCUUGCAAGCAAAUAAUGUCACUGGGUUGUUGUAGGUUUUUCCGGGCUAUACGGCCAUGUUCUAGAGCAGUGAUGGGCAACCUUUUGAGCUUGGUGUGUCAAAAUUCGCCAAAAACCUGAGCAUAACUUGGGUGGAGUGUCAACUUCGAGAAAAAAUAAAUGUAAUUUUGCAAUAUUUAUCGUUUAAAUAAGAAAAAUGUAUAUUCCAUGCUGAGUUAUGGAGUGAACAAUGCUCAAACAUGCAGAUGUUAAAUUUGUAGAACCUUUUACAAAUUUAAGGAUGGAAUUAGAUUGGCUUUUAUAAGGUGUACUUCUCCGUGGCCGCAUGUCAUCAAAAAUAGCCAUGUGUGUCAGUGCUGACACGCGUGUCGUAGGUUCACCAUCACGGUUCUAGAGGCAUUUUCUCCUGACGUUUCGCCUGCAUCAAUGGCAAGCAUCCUCAGAGGUAGUGAGAUCUGUUCAAAGUAGG